GCUGGCCACUGGCACACCGCGACCCCGAGAGGAUUACUUUCGUUUUCACAGCCUUUAUUUUAUUGAACAAAAAGACACAAAACAAACAAAAAAAAGCAAAAAAAAAAGCAAUGGCAGACACAAAAGUUGACUCCGGCUCGGAUCUCACUGUCAAGGAACUGAAAGAGAAGAAGCUGGUGGAGGAGAAGGAGAACGGCAAAGACGCUGCCACCAACGGGAAGGAGAAUGAAGAGAACGGCGAGCCCGAGGUAGAUGACGAUGAUGAUGACGAGGAAGUGGAUGAGGAGGACGAGGAAGAUGAUGGAGAAGGUGAGGAGGAAGACGAGGAUGACGAUGAUGAGAUCGAGAGCGGCACAAAACGGGUAGCUGAGGACGACGAUGACGACGACGAGGACGACGUCGAAACCAAGAAGCAGAAAACCGAUGACGACGAUUGAUGCGUUUUCCCGCCUCCCCGCGCGACAUCCUGCUGAACCACUUCCUGGUUCUCCACCUCUGACGGUUUUUAUGUGUCGCAGGUGGAGGAGCUGCAGGACUGAUUUAAAAGGAGAAAAAAACAAAUAAUAAUAAAAAUAAAAAAAAUCCAACAUGGUCAUUAGCAAGUAGAGUUCAACAAACAUCUACACACACACACACACACACACACACACACACACACACACACACUCUCCCCUCAAAACUGCAAAACAAAUUUUUCUAGAGGAACCCGCAUCGACGCAGAAAUCCGGCUUUUCUUCAAUAACAACAACAACACAAAUGGAGAAUUUGUUUGUAUUUUUAUUUACAUUUUAUAUUUUUGUACAUAUUGUUAGGAGGGGGUCAGUUUCUCUCUCGGCAGCGAUCUCGUCAGACCAAAAUCGGUGCUUCUUUAACGAAAGAUUUUACUUGGUUGACCAUGUUACGAUAUCUCAACAGAUACUUAGGAAAAAAAACAUGUAAAAACAGUUUGACAAAAAAAACCAUGAAAGAAAAACCUCUUAAAGCCGUUGAACUCAGAGCAUUCCAGUAAAUUUAAUGUAUGUACUUUAGCUGUACCAUAACUAGUUUGUUUGUAUGGGAGGGUAAGGCCAAAGAAAAGAGCCUCUUUUCUUUUUCCUUUUUAUUUUGUUUUUGUCGGCGACUUUUUUGUUUUAUGACGGCCUGUUUUGAUGUAUGUGCGAAGUUUGUUGUUUGACAAUAAACCGGACUUUUAUUUUGUGAGUUGUA